AUGGCGGUUGCGAGGUGGCGCGCGUGGCUGGCGGGACCUGCGCCAGCCCUGUUCAGGUGGCCGGCAGCCAAGCAGCUUCAACACAAGCCCGACCCCCUGCGAGCCCGGCGCCACGGCGUCGGCAGCGCACCGCUCUGCGGGCCCGGCAGCGGCCACGCAACCAGGGCCCAGGGCGCAGGGGCGCGCCAAGGCGCCACCACGCGCGUCGCGCGCAACGCCAACUUUGGGAAGCUGCAGGCCGGUUACCUGUUCCCGGAGAUCGCGCGCCGGCGCCGCGCCCACCAGGAGGCGCACCCCGAUGCCCAGAUCAUCUCCCUGGGCAUCGGCGACACCACCGAGCCGCUGCCCCCGUACAUCGCCAACGCUAUGGCCCAGGCCGCGGCCGGCCUCGCGACGCGCGAGGGAUACAGCGGCUACGGCGCAGAGCAGGGCCAGGGCGCCCUGCGCGAGGCGAUCGCGUCCACCUUCUACCCCGGCCUCGUCGCUGCUGACGAGGUGUUCGUGAGUGACGGCUCAAAGUGCGACAUCUCGCGCAUCCAGAGUUGA